GCUGAUUUGUUGGAACAUGUCAUUGCAAUUCGAGACGCCACGUUGAAAGAACUUUCACCGAAAGGAAGGCCGCCUAUAUUGGUAAAGAUAUCUCCCGACUUGACGGAUGAAGAGCUAGCUGAUAUUGUGACUACCUGUAUGCGACUUUCGGUGGAUGGAAUUGUUAUUUCCAACACAACUAUUCAGAGACCUCAUGGCUUAUUGGAACAACAAGUGGCAAUGCAGGAGGGUGGUCUGAGUGGUCCUCCUUUAAAAAAUAUUUCCACCUCGAUUAUUCAAAAGGUUUAUCGGAUGACAAAUGGAAGACUGGUUAUCGUUGGCGUUGGAGGUGUAUCCUCCGCUGAAGACGCUUAUGACAAGAUAAGAGCGGGUGCUUCCUUAAUCGAACUAUACACUGCAUUGGCCUAUGAAGGUCCUGCACUUAUUCGGAAAAUCAAAAUUGGACUUUCUGAAUUGUUACAAAGGGAUGGCUUUCAGUCUGUUCAAGAAGCAAUUGGCAAAGAUGUUUUUGUUUCUACUUCGCAAGAUGGAAUGAGGAAUUAAUCGAUAUUCAUCUUGGAUGCCGAUGAAAUCUUUUGAUUCAAAAAUGAAACCAUUCCAGCCCGUUCUACUAUAGUUGCACAUAUAACUAGUUUGAAGUAUAUUGGAGAAUUCUCUUGAAGAGUAAAAUUUUUGUAUCCUUCAUAUAUCAUCAACGCUUGUGUUUAAAAUGAAAUAUUAUGUUUGCUGCUUAUUGAUGACGUUUGGCGUGUAGGUAGAAUCAACGUAAAUCUGACGAGAAACAGCAGUUUCAUUUCAAUACAAAUAUUUUUAUCGAAUCUUGCCAUAAAGUUGUUGAACAGGUUAUGAUCCUUCCGAUUUUUCCGAAAAGAUGUUUCUAAGAACACCUUUCCAUUUGUUUUUUACAAAAUGGCCAUUUUUGUGAAUGCAUUGAGAAAUUGAAAGUAAGUUGAAUCCAUACAAAUACAGGCAAUCAGAGAAUCGACAAUAUAGAUGAUUGCUUCAUUUUUGUUAAUCUCGACAGAAACAUGGAGACAAAGAAAGGAUUUUCCAAGUUCAAAGCAAUUGAUGAUAAUGAAUAACUUCUGAAUGUAGACUUCGGAUCUAUUCUAACAACUUACAACAGAUGACAGCCUCUCUCCUCACUCCAUUGCAUGAUAUUAAAAAGAAUUCCUUCACA